AUGCCUAGUAAUCCGCCCCCAGAACUCCCUCCGAGAACGCACAGUUCGUCCUGUCCUGAUCCCGAAGAAUCGCUCCGAUUUACGGGUAGUUGGCGAUCAAAUCAAGAUGGACUCGAGAUGAAUAUCGAUAGUCCAGAGACGUCAUCAUCCCCUGAGCCAGUCAGCGCACCACUCCACGCCAAUAUUCAACACGAUACUUUAGACUCGCGAUCCGCUACUGAAUCUCCUGGCCCGGAUUCAAUGAGUCGUCGCACAGAGUCUACAAUCUCCCCUGACCGCUCCAACACACUAUCCCAGACUACGUCAGCGCAUAAGCCCACCGAUGCAGACCACGAUGCAUCGGCCAAAAGUGACACAGAUGCGCCAUCAGGGCUACAACGAUCGAGUGGCAAUUACGACAUUGUAACAUCCAUCGGCGCAGAAAGUGAGAAAUUAGAAUACGGCGUAAUACCCGGUCGGUUGCAAUCAGGGGACGCUUAUGCGCCUUCGAUGGGAUAUGACCAUUCCAACAUCCGAAUAAUACCAACAUCUCCCUCAUCCUUCCUACGGCCGGGUAGUAAAUUCCACGGCACACAACAAUCGGAACGGCAAGUAUACGACGUGCAAGUCGAAAUAAAAUAUGUCGACUUGAGGGAGUCAUUCCUCUGCGGAUUUCUAAGGAUCCAGGGCCUGACUGAAGAUAACCCGACGUUGACGACGUAUUUCGAAGGCGAGAUUAUCGGUAGUAAAUACGAAUUCAUCACGAAGCACGCGGGCUGGGGUGCAACAGAUAAAAUCGAUCUGAGUCACUGGAGCAAAUUCACAGCAUUUCGACAAUACGCCAAACAAGUACGCAAGGGACCCGUCACUAUCCCUAACUUAGCUCAACGAGAGAACAUUUUUAUGCGUUGGAAGGAACACUUUCUCGUUCCCGAUCAUCGCGUCCGCACUAUUAACGGAGCAAGCUUCGAAGGUUUCUACUAUAUCUGUUUCAACCAGAAGGAAGGAAGCGUUAGUGGUAUAUAUUUCCACUCCAAGAGCGAGAAAUUCCAACAGCUGGAGCUUAAGCACGUAGAGGAUAGAGGGUGCUUCGGCGCCGUGGAAUUUCGAUAG